AUGUUGUCCCUCAUCAGCUUGGCAACAUGCCUCCUACCUUUCACUCUUGCGGCUCCAGCAGAGGAGAAGCGUCAAUUGCUACCACCGGUUGUACAGCUUGAGUCUGCAAGAGUGGUUGGAUCCAGCUUUCUCGGCGUCGACUCGUUCAAAGGAAUUCCGUACGCUCAACCUCCUGUAGGACAGCUCCGUCUCAAGCCUCCACAACCUCUUACCAAGAACCUGGGAACAGUCCAAGCAACUGGAAUUCCACGAGCUUGCCCCCAAUUUCUCACUUCGACGAACUCAUCCUCCAUUCCUUUCGAUGUCUUGACUGAGUUGCAAAACACGGGAUUCUUUCAAGCUGUCUCCAAUGCUGGCGAAGACUGUUUAACAGUCAAUGUUCAGCGACCAUCUUCCGCGAAAGCAGGCUCGAAGCUCCCGGUUGUGUUCUGGAUGUACGGAGGUGCUUUUGAGUUCGGGUCGACACAGACAUACGAUGCGAGCGAAUUGAUCUUGACAUCGAUCGCACAGCAGAAACCCAUCAUCUACGUCUCAGUCAACUACCGCGUAGGAGGUUUCGGCUGGCUUGGAGGCAAGGAAAUCAAAGCCGACGGGUCUUCCAACCUAGGUUUCCUUGAUCAACGUGCAGGCUUGCAAUGGGUUGCAGACAACAUUGCUCAAUUUGGAGGUGAUCCUGACAAAGUCACUAUCUGGGGAGAGUCAGCAGGCAGUAUCUCAGUGUUCGGACAAAUGGCUCUUUACAGCGGCGACAACACUUACAAGGGCAAGCCACUCUUCCGAGGAGGAAUCAUGAACAGUGGUAGUAUUACACCUGCCGAUGCAGUCGACGGUCCUAGACCCCAAGGCGUCUACGACGCAGUCGUCAAGGAAGCAGGAUGCUCAGGCUCCGCAGACACACUUGCCUGUCUCCGCAGUGUCGACUACCUGACCUUCCUCCGCGCCACGACAUCCGUCCCCGGUGCAUUUGAUUAUCAAUCCGUAGCGCUUUCCUACGUCCCAAGGCCAGAUGGGAAAGUCCUCGCCGCGUCUCCCGAGAUCCUGGCGUUGAACGGUCAAUACGCCAAAGUCCCCUUCAUAAUCGGCGACCAAGAAGACGAAGGAACUCUAUUCUCACUCGUACAAUCCAACAUCACAACAACAGAACAACUAGUCGACUACCUCGUCGACGUCUUCUUCUACGACGCAGACCGCGCUGAAGUCGAGGCUCUAGUCGCUACAUACCCCGAUGAUCCCUCCGCCGGUUCACCCUUCAACACCGGACCACUCAAUAACGUCUAUCCACAAUACAAGCGCGUGGCUGCCAUACUCGGCGAUCUAGUCUUUACGCUCACCCGUCGUGUCUUCCUCCAAGUCGCAAGCCAGGUCAAUCCCGACGUACCGACAUGGUCGUACCUCGCCUCAUAUUUCUACGGUACGCCAGUCCUGGGCACGUUCCACGCAUCCGAUAUCCUGACUACUUAUGGGAUCGCUCCUGGUAUUCCGUCGAGCUCGAUUCAAGCGUUCUAUAUUUCGUUUAUUAAUACUUUGGAUCCGAAUGUUGGGACUGUGGGAUUGCCGAAGUGGCCGCAGUGGAAAGAGGGGAGGGAGUUGAUGCAUUUUAAGGCGUUGAGUAAUGAGAUUUUAAGGGAUGACUUUAGGGAGGAUAGUUAUCAGGUUAUUCUUACCGGUGCGGGGAGGUUGAGGAUUUGA